CAGAGACGGUUUAAAGUCAGAGUUCGACAAAAGAAACAUUUUUGCACGAUAAAGCAGCAAAAUUUUUUCUAGUUUUUCUUCCUCAGACAUGGCUGAGUGCAGGAUUGUCCUUCUUGGAAAAACUGGAUUUGGAAAAAGCUCAGUGGCAAACACAAUCUUUGGAGAAAAAAUUUUCAAAGUUUCUGGGUCGUCAAAUUCUGUAACAAGUGAAUGUCAAAGUGAAACCAGAGAAGUUCAUGGCAGAAAGAUCACACUGGUUGACACUCCUGGAUUUUUUGACAACAAAAUGUGUGAAGAUGAUCUGAAAUCUGAAAUAACAAAAUGUGUCACCAUGUGUGCUCCUGGAGUUCAUGCUUUUCUCAUUGUUCUGAAAGUGGAAAGGUUCACUCAGCAAGAGAAAGAAGUCAUCUCUAAAAUAAAGAAGUACUUUUCUAAGGAAGCUCUAAAAUAUGCAGUCAUCCUCUUCACUCAUGGUGAUCAGCUGGAGGAUCAGAAGAUCGAGGACUUUGUGAAGGAAAAUCAUGAUCUGCGUAGUCUUGUGGAGGAAUGUGGAGGCCGCUGUCAUGUGAUGGACAACAGAUACUGGGACAAAGAGAGAAACAACGAGGAAGUGAAAAAGUUACUGAACACAAUAGAUAAGAUGGUUGAACAAAACAAUAGAGAAAUGUACACCAAUGAGAUGCUAAAACUAGUGCACAGUUUGCUCCAAAAAGUACAAAACAUCAUUCGAGCCUACAUAAAAAACAUAUCGGAGAAUGAGAUUGUAAAACUAGCGCUGAGUUUUGUAUCCAAUGCACUCAAGAUGGGACCUGAUAUAAUUACAGAGACUUUGUUAGGAGCCCUACUUGGGAUUUCAGAGAUGAUUCUAAGAGUGUUGCAUAAAUUAAAAACACUUGCAGAUUAUUUAAAUGAUUUAGACCCUAAAAACCUCAAAGACAUGAGAGAUGAGCCAGAGGCAUUUGGAAGUCCAGCAAAUGAAGGUUUAGCAGAAGUUUCCCAAGAACCAACUGAAGACGCUACAGCUGCAGAACCUAUUGAACAGCUGUUUGCUGCAAUAGGUAUUCGUUUUACUGUUGUUGGUUCUAUUGGAGCAAUUGAAGGAGGCUUCACUGGAUAGAAAGAAGCUGUCAAAGCAAACUCAGUAGAACAAGCAGUAAAAAACACAGCAAAAGCUGUUUGGGAGUCCUCCACAGCUCCAUUUGAAGAACCUUUUCAAAAUAAAGGGCAGACAAAACCCUUUGAUACUAAAAAUGAUUGAAAGUAUUCUGCCAUAAAUACAACAGAAGAUGUAAACAAAAUAUUUGGAAAAAUAAGUUAAAUCAGAUAACUUCUUUUUUUUUAACAGUAAGACAGAUGAAUUAUUUUCCAACUUGGUUUAACAUUGACUGUAACUUAUACUCCGUUUUUAAAAACUUUAUUCUGUAGUAAUUUCCUGUAUAUUAUCAUUUAAAUUAAUAUUCUAUGUUUUAUUUCUGGUUAAAGAAUGGGAAUGUGUGAUCAAGCUGGUGAGAUGAUAACGAUUUAAAAGAAUUACAUUCUUCGAUUUCAUUAGCACAGUGCAAUGAUCAAUUUUUUUUCUCUGUUAAAGUUUUACGUUUUAUCUUUAAUUUGAUGUGUUUUAAGAUUUAAAUUAGUUUACUUAAAAAAAGUUGUGUAGUUCAGCUUUUAAUUCCUAGUUUAAGUUUCAUAGUGUCUGGUUAUGACUUGAUUAACCUCAUAUGCAACAAUCUUAGCAAACCCUAAGUCACAUGCAACCCCUACUGGGGUUAAUCUGUAUAGGUGCUGCAAUUUUUAGGAUUUUCCAGGCCAAUGAGGCUUGUAGGGAGGACAGACUGCAGCAUCUUAAUGGGAGCCCAGUUGUUUUUUGAAAUUCCCUCAAGGCUUCAUCAUUGCUGAGAUGUAAUGUUUCCAUACUGGUUAAUGGGCUUUUAUUUUUAGUCAAAAUCAUUUAAUUAAGAACUUGACUAUUUGAACUCCUGACUACUUCCCUGCAAAGUUUUAAUGUACUGUAUUUUCCAGUAUUGAUUGAAUUUUUACAUUAAAAACACUUUUCUUGC